AGGGCGCUAUGAGCCAUCUUCUUCCCGUAUUCAAAGCGGCUCUCGAUCAGGAACUAAAGAUGUAGCGCAUUUGUUUCCUUCAGAAUCUAAAAUACAACGGACCAGCGGGAACAGCCAUCACAGCAACAAAUAACGAGCACCUUCAGUUCACGUGAACAGAAGGAUACUGACCAAGGAGGGCUGAGCUGAAGGAAGCGGCAUGGAGGAAGAAGCAAUAAUGGCUGAGGUGGAACAAGAGGAGCCAGUUUCCAAAGGGGAGGCUGACGGCGACGUCAUCCAAAAAGGUCCAGUCAAAAGGGGAAGGGGCAGGCCACGGAGUUCCAAACAAAAAAAUGCCUCUGCUGCAGAGCUGAUCCAGGAUGAUUCAGACAGCCCGUCACAGAGGGGAAGAGAAGGCCAAAAAGUAUUUAAAACAAAAGCGACAGAGCAGCAGGAGUCUGGGGAAGAGCUCACUGAGAGCUCUAUUACAAUUCACAAGCGCAGAGGAAGACCAAAAGGGUCCAAGAAGCAAACUAGUAGUGAAGAAACGGUUGAAACAGAACUCUCCCCAAAGAAACGAGGACGGCCAAGAAAAUCAGACUCUGUUAAGAAACCUGUUGCUGAAGGCAUACCAAACGGCAGCUCAGAUGCUCCAAAAAGAGGCCGUCCAAAAGGAUCGGUAAAGCGCAAGUCUGAAAGCUUAACAAGCGGUGAGGAAGAUGAAUGUAGCCCAGUUACACCUCGGAAAAGAGGCCGACCUAAAGGAGCUCGCAAUAAAAAAUCAAGGAUGGAACGGGAAUAUAGCGAUUGGGAUGCAGAAGCCUACAGAGCUCAGAAAUCAGUGAAGACAUUGAGAGGUCGACCGAGGAAGCCUGUGGUGAAGUACAGCAGUGGGCCUUCCAAGACCAUUUCAAAGAAACCUGGGAGAGGAAGAGGGAGACCAAGGAAAAACUUGUAUAUCUCUGAGCCAUUGAAGAGGGGAAGAGGUCGGCCAAAAGGCUCUCUGAAUAAGAAGCCGUCUUCAUUGAUAGCGCAUGGUAAGGUGGGAAGGCCUCGUAAAAUAUUCAGUCUUCCUGUAAAAGGGAGGAAGCCUGGUCGACCGCGGUUACAGCCAGGCAAGAGAGGAAGACCACGGAAGUAUCCUUUACCCUCACCAGAGGAGCUGAAGAAGCCUAAAGUAUGGAAACCCCUGGGAAGGCCGAGGAAAUAUCCUAGAGCCGAUCCUCCAGAGGAAGCAUCACCGGCACCUAGAAGGGCCCGCGGUAGGCCCCGCAAGUCAGAGUCCAAGAAAGGUGCUCACUUACGAAAGAAAGCGCUCAGUCCAUCCUCUGCACGUGCCCCAGUCGAUGGACUAAAGAGGAAAAGGGGCCGCCCUCCGACAACCCCAAAGAGUGAUGAGGGGGUCGUUCGGAAAAGGGGCCGCCCUAAAGGCUCGCUCAACAAAAACAAAGCAGGGGGCGAAUCACAUGCCGACCAUGUGCUUCCAAACCACUCCAAGCCCGAGAGCGAGUGUCCCGCCGUCGGCAUGGAAAUGGAGCAAGAGCUGACAGAGGCAGAGUCGAUACCCACGAAGCACACGGAUGAAACGGAAGAAACUGUCCUGGUUCAGGAUGUUAGCAUUGAACUUAGUGAGGAGGCUUGAUAAAAGACUCAGGCCGUUUCUCAAUUCAGUAGAAUGCGAGUAUCAACUCUCAUUCUCGCCAAGUAUGUUCUUGACAAGAACACAGGAAAGUCUGGAGGGAGAAUGGGAGCACGCAGCAUAAAUAUGGAUCAAUUGGAACAGAAGCGUACUCGUGACAUCACCACACGUUCGGCUCGUUAGGAGUCGAACUGCUAUUAAUAGUCUCCAGAUAAUAAUAAAUUCUUACUUUUUUCAUGUAGUAGAGGAAUAAUAACACAGUCAGAUAAACAAAAAUCAAAUAAACACUUUGCCAAAUGAAACAAAACAUUUGCCAACAGAGCCAGUGGUACUUCACCCUGGGCUUUGCCAAGAGAAGGCUGCUGCAGACGGGCUAAAGUUAGCCCCGGCAGCGGCUAGCCCCGGAGGUCCACUGGCUGCCAAGUUCCUCUCAACAUUGGAACUUUUUUUUUUAUCACGCACUAAAUCAGUAAAUGGACCAUAUAGUGGCUCUUAAAAGUAUAAUUUUUCACCUUAAAAUGAUCUUAAAACAUUUAUAGAACAGCGGCAACAGAAAAGUGAACUUUUAAUACUCUGAGCUCUGUGAGCGGUCCAUUUGAAGCUGCUGCUGCCGCAGUGCAUGCUGGGACAGCUGGGAAUCUCGAGAACGGACGACUCUGCUCUGAUACGUACUCUGUAAAGAGGGAGGGGCGAGAACAACAUCCAGGGUCUGUGUCUGUUCUCGGUCUUGUGUUCUUGUGAAUUGAAACAACGCUAGGUCUGAGGCUGAUGACGUUUCACGAGCACAUGAGAACGUACAAGUACACACAUUGAGAAACGGCCUCAGUCUGACCAAAACAUUGGCGUCAGUCAUUACUGUUGACUCAUAGAUGACAUGUUUCACCUUCUGUCAGUUCACUAGGCUAGAUGGCCAGCAGCGCUGCCACUUUCUCCCCACAGUGGUUAUCUGUACUGGUUUUUAUUUGCUUUUUGAAAGUUAUUCAGGUUAACUAAGUGUGAAAAGGUAAGUGUGGUAAGCAAGUGUAGACAGAUUUGUCUAGGUUUUAUAAUGAGGCACCUGUUUGGAUGUUUUUGUUGUUGUUGUUGUUGCCUGAUCUACUUUUGCCAAUUUUUGUUGUCUGAUUUUUAUGCCUAUUUUUCUCUUUGUUACAAAGAAUAAAACAAGACAAAUUAAACUUUUUUUUGUAGAUUCAGAUUUUUUUUCCCCUUUUUCUUUUACAAGGACUGUAACACAAAAGGAAAGAAACUGAUGCAGACAUGAAGGAAGAUCAUCUCCAGUUUGUCUCAAACUUUUGUCUGAAUUAAGUUAUAAUCACCAGAGUACAAAAAAUUAUUGAUGCACCCAUACUUUUUAUCUUUGAAGCACUAACUAAGAAUAAAAUAAACAAUUUCUGUGUUUUUGACAAUAAGAUCACUGACCUCUGGCUUCUAGAUCUAGAUUUGUGUUGAGCUGACAGAGCUAAUGUGGGGAAAGAAAAUCAGGAAAAAUAUCCUGUAUUUUUAAAUGCAGUAUUUCUUUUUUUAUUAUUUUUUUGUAAAGAAAAAAAUAUUGAUUUAUAUUAAAUUUAUGACCAAUUGCCCUUCUAUUGUAAGCUAAAGUGUUUUGUGUAAUAAAUGGACCAGAUGUCUUAAAUUCUUAAAAGAUGUUUCAUAAUGCACUGUGUUAACAAAACUGUUGUAUUAGUAGAGGUAUAAUACACAGUUUGUUCUUUUAAACUUUAAAUUUACAAGAAGAAUGACUGAAGAAAGACCCCAGGCCCGGAGUCAAACCCAGAACCUUCUUGCUGCAAGGCAAGAGCGCUACUAGCUGCGCCACCCAGUAAAUACCCGGUAUAAACGUCAUUUUAUUUAAAUGUUUUGGGUUUUCCUUUUGGAAUAUACUUCUUUGUGUGCUUCUAUCAUUUUUAAAGUAGCCAAAAUGAUUUUUAUUUAUUGAACCCACAAAGGAUUCACUUUUAAAAAGACCUCAAAAUGAAAAAUUAAAGAAUUGUUUUAAAACACCAAAUUUUACCUUAUUUUCUCCUAAUAUUUAUGUCAUUUAAAUGCUUUGCUUUAAUUUAGCUACUUUUGAAAUGAAGUUUUUCAAUUGUUUUAAUGCAAAUGUCCACUAUUCCCUGGUUUCUUGCUUCGCCUCAGUGCCAAAGCUUUGAAUGUACUUUAUUUUAACCGACUGUCCGUUCGUAGAUUCCUCCAGCAGUCAGAAUAUCACAUCUCAUUUUCCUGCUGUACAAAGGAAGAGUUCCUCUCCUUUAUAUCUACUCUACUGUGUUAACUGUUUUUUGUCUUUAAAUGUUAGGCGUGUAGCUGUUAUUGCUUCACUUUCUAUUGUUCUUUUUAGUUUGUUUUUACAUAAUUUAGUCCUUUUGGAGCUCAGACUAACAUAUUUCACCAACCAGUAUGUGUGUUUUGGGGUAUUUUGUCUGUUGUACAUUAUUACUGAUAUUGUGAAUCUAAGAGGGAAUUAGGAUUUGUAAGGCUGAAUAUUUGAAUUUUUCCAGAGUGAUUUGUGAAAAUCUGUUUGUAUUUCAAUAAAGUGUCCAUGUUGCCAUUUUA